GUCCACUGACGUCAUAACAUUGAAUCAACUCUCAUUUGGCAAGAGGUGAACAAGAAACUGCGUGAUUAAAAACCGCCAAUUGUGUUGGUAUCGUUCGAGAAAGCAGGACAAAGUAACAAAAUUCACCAUGUCUACAGCUCAAUACUCCCAGUUUCAAAAUGAGGGCGAUAAAAUGUAUGUUCCACCGACUGCACCACCAGGCUAUGCACCUCAAGGAGUGCCACCAGUUGGCUAUGCGCCUCCCCCUCCCAGUGCUCAAAACGUUGCACCAGCCCCUCCAGUCAACAUUAUGAUGACGGCACCUACAACUCAGACCAUCAUCUCAACCACACAUACCAUGCCAAACGAUCACUUUGGAUUUGCUCUCUUUGUCUGCCUGUGUUGCUUCUGGCCCAUUGGCAUCGUUGCACUCAUUAAAGCAAACGAGGUGAGAAGCCGCUUCAACACAGGAGACAUGCUUGGGGCAAGCCAAGCCUCCGCUGAUGCAAGGAAGUUCUCCAUGAUUGGUCUUGGCAUUGGGAUUGCUUCUGUAGUGAUCUCAAUUAUAAUUACCAUUGUUUAUGUCGCCGUCAUAGUUGGGGUUGCCACUAACGAAAGCUCCAAAAUCAUUGAUGGUCUUAAUACCAAUCUGGACCUGGAUCUAGGGUCAGCAAGCAUCUUUGGAUAGAUGGCCCAGUGGGCCAAGACCCUGGGCUUAACUUCAUAAAGAGUUAGGACUAGUCUUAACUUGGGACUAGUCCUAUUAAAUAUUAAAAUCUUAUGGCUAGUCCUAAGUUA